AUGUCCUCCCACACCGACACUCUUACACCAAGACUAGGAUGGGCUCUCGCGUUUUAUGUACCUGCGGCGGGAAAGGAAGUGGAGAACGAACAGCCUGCGACAACAAGGGUUGUCCUGUUCAAUGGUAUCACUGGGAACGCGUUGGUAUCACACAAGGGCCAGCUGGCGGUUGAGCAUGCCCACGAUGCCGGCUACGCACAAUCGCGGCUCCCCAAAGUCGGCAACAUGCGGCAGAGACCAGUUGUACAAAAUCAGCUAGAGGAACAAGCCACCGUUGUCAAGAAGGCGCCGUCGAAACCCAGGAAGUCACAGAGAUUCACUCGGAUGGUGUACGAACUCACGGAAGCCAGUGUAUUUGAGGAUAUUCAGAACCAGAGCCGGGCCAUGACGCUUGCCAACAAGGAAGAAGCAAAGGCGCAAGAGCUGGCAGAUACGGCAGACCCGGAAGGGCAAAGGGCAGAUUCAGGGGAGAAUUUAGUGGAAGCAAUGCUCGUACGCAAGAUGCAGGCCAAGACCGAGAAGGGGUUGAAGGAUACCGGCAACCAGCCAAGGAAUGACUCCCGGUACGUCGUAGCCAAAGCGCUGGGUAACGUGGAGGCACCAGGGGACGAUGGGGGCGACGUGAAUAUCGAUCGUGGGAUUGAGAGAGAAGAAGAGAAAGCCGCUCUUUCUAUACACGAGGUCGCGUGA